AUGGGUGAUAAAAUUAGAGAAGAGGGAGUCAUAACCAAGAUUCAAGAUGAUUUGGUUGAAGAAUCAUCAAAUGAAGUACUUCCACAACAACAACAACACUCUAUUGUUGUGAACACAUCUUCAUUGAUAUCAACAGAAUCUCUUUAUAUUGCUCCUCCUCCUAAUGUUUUAGUAGUUGGAGGAGGAAGUGGUUCAUCAACAACAUCAUCACAAUUUGAGCACCAUCAAGAUGAAACAGUAAAUCCAAAAAGACCCAAGUUUGGAGCUGGUCAGUGGAAGAAAAUCAUACCAUCACCACAUCAACAAAGACAACAACAGCAACAACACCAUCCAAAAAUGUUUUCAUCACCAAGCCCAAAUGAUCAUCAAAAAACCCUAGCUGUUGAGGUACCAACAAGUACACCACAUACUACACAAACUAGUACUUCAUCUACACCACCAACAACAGCAACUUCAUCUCCAAUAUCUCCAUCUCAGGAAACAAACAAACCAUUUCAAAUUAGAAAAGGAAAGUUUGUGAGUCCAGUUUGGAAACCUAAUGAAAUGCUUUGGCUAGCUAAAGCUUGGAGAGCUCAAUAUCAAGAUAAUGAUAGUAAUCAAGAUGACAUUGUUUCUAUCUCUACUUCUUCUAAUACCACCACCACUGGUAGAGGUAAAACCAGAUCAGAAAAAGAUAGAGAAGUAGCUGAGUUUUUAAACAGAAAUGGUGUCAAUAGAGAUGCAAAAACCUCAGGUACUAAAUGGGAUAAUAUGUUAGGUGAGUUCAGAAAAGUAUAUGAAUGGGAAAAAACUAGUAAUGAAAAAGAAAUUAAUGUUGGAAAUACUAAGAGUUAUUUCAGAUUAUCACCUUAUGAAAGAAAGCUUCAUAAAUUACCUGCUUCGUUCGAUGAAGAUGUUUUUUAUGAACUUUCUCAGUUUAUGGGGAUUAGGGUUAGAAUUACUUCUUCUACUACUUCAUCUCCUCAUCAAAACAGAUCAUUAUUAGUUUCUAAUAUUAAUGAUCCAGCAGCAUCUCUUCCUGAAACAACAGCAGGAUUUCCUUCAUUGCCUCAGCCACCAUUACCUCAUUCAUUCAAAGAAGAAGAUUCUGCAGGGAGACUAAACAAACAAGGCAUGGAGAGUAGAGGCAAUGAAGUGAUUACCUAUGGAGGUCCAUCAUCGUCGACUUCGACGUCUAGAGAGUUUCGGCGAAUUGGAAGAAUAAGAAUGACAUGGGAAGAAUCAGUAAAUUUAUGGGCAGAAGAACAAGAAGGAGAUCAUCAUCAUCAGCAGCAACAAAGAGGGGGAGGAGUAACUGCUGGAAGAGUUAAACUACAAGGAUUAGGUUUCUUGAAUGCAAAUGAACUAACAUUUUUUGAUGAGACUAUGGCUGGUUGCACCAUGGAAGCUUAUCAAGAAGGACCUCUAAAAGGUUUCUCAAUUGAUAGAUUUAUUUGUGGUCAACAAGUCAAAGUCUUUGGUAGAAGAAGUAAUUCUUCCUCUAAUCCUUCUUCUGGUCUGUCUGAUAGAUUUCAGCUUGGAGUGACUGAAAAAUCCAAUAAUAUCAGAUCAAAAGUUAUUCUCAAGUGCCUGACAUUUAAAUUUGUCAACUAUUUCACAGCAAUUCCGCCAUGGGAAUACCAGGAUCCAAGUGAGUACUACAUCGGCUGUUUAAAGGUUCCACCAACAUCUCUACCGAGUUUAUUUGAACUCUCAUGGCAUUUACAAGAACCACCAUCGGAGGAAUUACGUUUUCCUUUGCGUAAAGAUGUAUACCGAGACUUACCUCAAGGCAAGGAGUUAUUCUUCACAACAACAGCAGAACCGCUAGAUUGUAGAGCUAUUACUUUCGAUAUUCUGAGCCCGAUAGUCCGAUCAAACCUAAGUAUAAGCGUUUCUACUGCAACAAGUAGAGACUCGUUUAUAUCUUUAUGGGACGAUUGCAUUAAUCGAGUUGUCUCAAAAUUCUGCUCCCAAGAAAUGGUUGUUGUUCGGAAACCAUGCUUUAGUUCUUCCUCAUCGAAUGAAUGUUUGCAGGAUCAGUGGCCAAAUGUAACAGGUUUUACUCGAAAUUUUUGUCUAUGGAGAGGAGAAGAAAUCGAUAAACUUCGUGAAGGUAACUUGGAUCCAUCUUCUUCAAUAAUAGAGAAAAUACUAUGGACUUAUACAGACCUUCCAUACAUAUUAGGAUAUUAUGCAAUUGGAUAUUCAAUAACCUUUUGUGCAUUAAGUCGAUCACAAGACCGUGUUAUCCGAACAGAUCUCUACUCAGUAGAUCUCUCAACACCAGCUGAUAGACUAAAAUCACUAAUCCCGUGUUGGAGAAUUGCUGGCUUACUUACAUUAUUAGCGGAACGUUGCUUCAACAGCGACAACAUCAGCAGAGGUUUACCUUACAGCGACUUCGAACAGAAAGAUAUAGGAGGAGGGAACUUGAUUGAAAUGACACCCAACACUGUCAAACGUUCGUUUUCAAGUCGAAGAAAGUUCACUGCAGUCAAAGAAAUCUACGACUUCCUCAACCGAAGAAUCCCACACGCAGAAUACAUUUUUAUGUCGUCAGAGAAAGAUUUGGCGAUAACAUAUAAACCAAGAGGAUGCAAAUCAAAACCCAUAAACAUAGAACAACUUGUUGAAUCACUGAAGUUUGUAACAAAAGCUUUAGUAGCGUUACACGAUUUAUCAUUCAUGCAUAGAGAUUUAAGUUGGGAAAAAGUGAUGAAAAGAUCAGAUAGGGAGAAUGAAUGGUUUGUGUCAGGGUUUGAAGAAGCUGUUGGUGCACCACAAAUAUAUCCAAGUGGAGGAGUAAUGGUAGGAGCAAGACAUGCACCAGAGAUGGGCAGAGGUUUGCAUGGAGUGAAAGUUGAUGUUUGGGGUGUUGGAAUGUUGGUUAAGACAAGUGGGUUAGGUGUUCCAUUGUUGUUGAGGGAGUUGCAGAAUAGAUGUUUGGAUCAAAACCCUGAACUACGCCCUACUUCUGCUGAUUGUUACCAUCAUUUGUUGCAACUGCAAUCUUCUCUCUGUGUUGCACCAGGAGGUUUUUGA